AUGUCGCCUCAGGGUGUGGCGGAUGGCGGCUCUUAUAACGCCAACAUAUUGGUGCUAAACCCCAACUCGUCCAAGGACAUGACCGAAACCAUCGAGACGGCCAUCGGGGCGAUUCCACUGUCAGAUUCCACCUCCUUGGAAUUCUACACGGCUCCCUCCGCCGCUCCGCCCAGCAUCAAUGACGGCGACGACAUUGCCGCCAGCACCGUGGCCGUUCUGGCCGACGGGUGGUGGGACACCGGGAAUGAGCGCUCCUUCGCGGGCAUGCUCGUCGCAUGCUAUAGUGUGCACCCGUUGGUAGGCCAGCUCCGCCAGAAGCAGUCCAGGCCCGUUGUCACUGGUAUCUUCGAGGCCAGCAUCCUGACCGCACUGGCCCUCCUUAGGGGCCCUGGCGACAAAUGGGGUAUCGUCACGACGGGCAAGUGGUGGGAGGAACAUCUGGCCAACGGCGUUCUGGACUUCCUCGGCGCUCCGGAGAAGACGGACAGGACUGAGAAUUCCAAGUUCGCCGGCGUCGAGUCCACAGGCCUGAACGCUUCCGACUUUCACCAUGGCGUUGCGCCCGAAGUGGUGAACCGGAAGAUCAGGGACGCAACCAAAAGACUCUUGGCUAAGGGCAACGUGACUUGCAUCGUGAUGGGGUGUGCUGGGAUGGCUGGGAUGAAGGCCGAGAUUCAGAAAGCAGCCCGCGAGGCACGCGGUGAAGAAUUCGUGCGGAAGACAUUGAGUGUCGUGGAUGGAGUCGGAGCUGGCAUACUUCAGCUCCAGACCAUGAUCACGCAGCAGCGGGUUCUCUCCAUGUGA